AUGGAUGCAGGUGGACGCCCUUCGACUGGUCAAGUCAUUCUCCUGGCUACCAGCUCAGCUGUCACAGCAAUUUUGUAUGCCAUUUACAGACAAAAGUCAAAAGUUGUUCACAGCCUGAAGGGAGCCAAAAAGGUCACCCUAGACCAGGACCUGAAAAGUAUUCUUAUGGAAGCUCCUGGAAAGUGUGUCCCUUAUGCAGUAAUAGAAGGUGUCGUGCGCUCCGUUAAGGAAACCCUCAACAGCCAGUUUGUGGAGAACUGCAAGGGAGUGGUUCAGCGGCUGACGUUGCAGGAGCAUAAGAUGGUGUGGAACCGGACCACCCACCUCUGGAAUGAUUACGAAAAGAUCAUUCACCAGCGGACAAACAUGGUGGCCUUUGACUUGGUGCCCCAGGAAGGCGGAACCGACGUUGCCGUGAGGGUGUCGAAGCCCCUGGACGCCACCGAACUCAGCUUGGAGACGGUUUACGAGAAAUUCCACCCCUCCGUGCAGUCCUUCACAGAUGUGAUCGGCCAUUACAUCAGCGGGGAGCGCCCCAAAGGCAUCCAGGAGACCGAAGAGAUGCUGAAGGUGGGGGCCAUGCUCACUGGCGUGGGGGAGUUGGUCUUGGACAAUCACGCCCUCAAGCUGCAGCCCCCCAAGCAGGGGAUGCGGUACUACUUGAGCAGUCAGGAUUUCGACUCCUUGCUCCAGAAGCAAGAAUCCAGCGUCCGGCUCUGGAAAAACCUGGCAGUGGUUUUCGGCUUUGCCACCUGCGCCCUGUUCCUCUUCUUCCUGCACAGGCUGUACCGCCGCCACCGGGAGAAGCAGCGCCUGCGGCAGAUGAGCGAGAUGAGCGCGGCAGGGGGUGACGCAGCGAGCAACCCUUGCGUCGUCUGCCUGAGCAACACCCGGUCUUGUGUCUUCCUGGAGUGCGGGCACGUGUGCUCAUGCGACAAGUGCUACCAAGCGCUCCCCAGGCCCCCCAAGUGCCCCAUUUGUAGACAAGAAAUCACACGAGUUGUGCCACUGUAUAACAGCUGAACGCUGCCAU